UCCGGGCCCGGCACGAUGGGGGCCGUCGCCGCCCGGAGCGCCCACCUGGGGCCCGAGCGCCCCGGCCGCCCGCUGCGCUCCCGGCUCGCGCUGCAGCUGCUGCUGCUGCUCGCCUGGGCCGCCGGGGCCGCGCGCGCGCAGGGCGCCGACUUCCCCGAGCUGUGCAGUGCUACGUGGGAAGCUGUUGAUACCAAAAAUAACAUACUUUAUAAGAUCAGCGUCUGCGGAAAUGUGAACAUUGCCCAGUGCGGCUCCUCCAGUGCCAUUUGUAUGUAUAACUGGAAGACAAAGACCUACCGCUCCGUGGGUGACCCCACUCUGAAGAGCGCAACCAGAUCGCUGAUGGAGUUCAACACCACGCUGAGCUGCGGCGUUCAGAACCCCAAUCUGAGGCUGCAGAGUAGCAUUGCCUUUCUGUGCGGGAAAACUCUGGGAACCCCGGAGUUUGUCAUGACCACAGGCUGCGUCCAUUACUUUGAGUGGAGGACUUCGGCUGCCUGCAAGAAGGAUAUUUUUAAAGCUAACAAAGAGGUGCCAUGUUACGCAUUCGACAGCGAGUACAAGAAGCACGACUUGAACCCGCUUAUUAAGUUGAGUGGCGGCUACCUGGUGGACGACUCGGACCCUGACACCUCCCUGAUCAUCAAUGUGUGCAGAGAUAUCGAUGCCCUGCGGGACCCCAGCCCUCAGCUGCGCGCCUGCCCCACGGGCACCGCCGCCUGCCUGCUGCGUGGGGACCAGGCGUUCGACGUGGGCCAGCCCAAGGAUGGCCUGAGAUUCUGGGGCAAGGACAGUGGCUCGUCCAGGCUUACCCUGACCUACGUGAAAGAAGGGGCCGGGAAGCCAGACUUCUGCAAUGGCCGCAGCCCGGCGGUGACCGUCACUUUCCUGUGUCCCUCGGAGAGGAGAGAGGGCACCACCCCUAGGCUGACAGCGAAAUCCAACUGCCGCUAUGAGGUGGAGUGGCUCACCGAGUACGCCUGCACGCGGGACUACCUGCAGAGUGACGGCUGCACCCUCAACAGCGAGCAGCACGACAUCAGUGUGGACCUGCGGCCCCUCAGCCAGCAUGGCGCGGUCCCCCUCCCGUUCUACUCGGCCCCCGGCGGCAGGGAGUACACCUUCUUCCUGAGCGUCUGCGGGGACACCAGCGUGGGGGUCUGUGGCAAGAAGGACGCCGCCGUCUGCCAGGUGAAAAAUGCCGACCGCAAGCAAACCAAGAUCGCCGGCAGAUUCCAGAACCAGACGCUCCGCUACUCGGACGGGGACCUCACCCUGAUCUACCGCGGGGGCGACGAGUGCAGCUCGGGCUUUCAGCGCAUGACCGUCAUCAACCUGGAGUGCAACAAGACUGCGGGCAACAACGGGCGAGGUGCCCCUGUGUACACGGGUGAGGUGGACUGCACCUACUUCUUCACCUGGGAGACCAAGCACGCCUGCGUCAAGGAGAAGGAGGAGCUGCCGUGCAGCGUCAGCGACGGCAAGAAGCAGCGCUUUGACCUGUCUGCCUUGGUUCGGAAUGCAGAUCCCGAGCAGAAUUGGGAGGCCGUGGACGACAGCCAGCGGGAGGCCGAGAAGAAGCAUUACUUCGUGAAUAUCUGUCACCGGGUGCUGCAGCGGGGCAAGGCCAGGGGCUGUCCUGGCGAGGCGGCUGCGUGUUCUGUGGAUAAAACUGGAAGUAAGAAUCUGGGCCGAUUCCUGUCCUCUCCCAUAAAGGAGAAGAGGAACAUCGUCCUCUCCUACUCGGACGGGGACAGCUGCGGGCAGGGCAGGACCAUCAGCUCCAACAUCACCCUCGUGUGCAAGCCAGGAGAGCUGGAGAGCGCCCCCGUGCUGCGCUCCGUCGAGGAGGACGGCUGCUUCUACGAGUUCGAGUGGCACACGGCCGCGGCCUGCGUACUGUCCCGCACCCAGGGGGACAACUGCACCGUCUUUGACCCCGAGGCAGGUUUUUCUUUCGACUUGUCCUCCCUCAAGAAGAAGAAUGGCAGCUACAAAGUAGAAACGUCCAAGUACGACUUCUACAUCAACGUGUGUGGGCCGGUGACCGCCGGGGCCUGCCAGGCCGGCUGGGGCGCCUGCCAGGUCGCAAAGAAUGAGAAGAAGGUGUGGAACCUGGGCAUGAGCAACUCCAAGCUGUCCUACUACGACGGCAUGAUCCAGCUCAGCUACAAGAACGGCACGCCCUACAGCGACGGCCGGGCCGCGGCACGCAGCACGCUCAUCACCUUCCUGUGCGACCGGGACGUGGGCGUGGGUGCCCCCGAGUACCAGGAUGAGGACGACUCUGCCUACAACUUCCGCUGGUACACCAGUUUCGCGUGCCCCGAGGAGCCCAUGGAGUGCCUGGUGACCGACCCCACCACGAUGGAGCAGUACGAUCUGUCUAGCCUGGCGAAGUCCGAGGGUGGCGCCGCGGGCAACUGGUUCGCCAUGGACAGCGCGGGCUCCCACAGCUCCUGGAGGAAGUACUACAUCAACGUGUGCAGGCCCCUCAACCCCGUGCCCGGCUGCGACCGCUACGCCGCCGUGUGCCAGAUGAAAUACGUCAUCGAGCAGGGCACGUACACGGAGGUGGCGUCCAUCAGCAACCUGGGCUCGGCCUCAGAGGGGCCCUUGGUGGAGGAGAGCGGCAGCCUCCUGCUAGAGUACGUCAACGGCUCGGCCUGCAUCACCAGUGACGGGAGGCUCACCACCUACACCACCCGCAUCCACCUCGUCUGCUCCCGGGGCGGCCCGGUCACUCACCCCAUCUUCUCCCUCAAUUGGGAGUGCGUGGUCAGCUUCCUGUGGCACACGGAGGCCGCCUGCCCCAUCCAGGUCGCCACAGACAUCGACCAGGCCUGCUCCAUCAGGGACCCCAGCAGCGGGUUCGUGUUUGACCUGAAUCCCCUCAACAACACCCAGGGAUACGUCGUCUCGGGCAUCGGGAAGACGUUUCUGCUCAAUGUGUGCGGUACCAUGGCCGUGUGCGGCUCCUUUGACGGCAAGCCGGCCUCCGGCUGCGAGGCCGAGACGCCCACGGACGAGCUGAAGAACCUGAAGCCCGUGCGGCCUGUGGGGCAGGAGAAGAGUCUGCAGCUGUCCCCCGAGGGCUUCCUGUCCCUCACCUACACGGGGCCCCCCCACCCUGGCCAAGGGACCUCUGACACCUUCGUCAUCCGCUUCGUGUGCAACCCCGACGUCUACCCGGGCAGCCCCAAGUUCCUGCACCAGGACAUCGACUCCCACCUGGAGAUGCGCAACACCUACUUUGAGUUCGAGACGGCGCUGGCCUGCGUCCCGUCCCCGGUGGACUGUCAGGUCACAGACUCGGCGGGGAACGAGUAUGACCUCAGUGGCCUGAGCAGAGUGAGGAAGCCCUGGACGGCCGUGGACACCUCGGACGGCUCGGGAAGGCGGACGUUCUACCUCAGCGUGUGCAACCCUCUGCCCUACAUCCCCGGCUGCCACGGUAGUGCCGUGGGCUCGUGCCUGGUGUCGGAUGAGAGCAGCUGGAACCUUGGCGUGGUCCAGGUCAGCCCCCAGGUCACGGCCAACGGCUCCCUGAGCCUUGUCUAUGUCAACGGGGACAAGUGCGGGAACCAGCGCUUCUCCACCCGGCUGACGCUGGAGUGCUCGCAGAUCUCGGGCUCACCCACGUUCCAGAUGCGGGACGAGUGCGAGUACGUCUUUGUCUGGAGGACGGUGGAGGCCUGCCCCGUGGUCAGGGCGGAAGGUGACAACUGUGAGGUGCGCGACCCGCGGCACGGGAACCUGUACAGCCUUCGCCCGCUGUCCCUCAAUGACACCAUGGUGCGCGCCGGCGAGUACAACUACUACUUCCGCGUGUGCGGGCAGCUGAGCCCCGGCCUGUGCCCCGUGGAUGGCUCCGACACGGACAGGGACACGUCCAAGGCCAUCGCCUCCUGCCAGGAGAAGCCGGGCCCACUGGGCUUCCACAAGGUGGCAGGCCUCGUCUCGCAGAAGCUGACCUACGAGAACGGGCUGUUGAAGAUGAACCUGACCGGGGGCGAGCCGUGCCACAAGGUGUACCGGCGCUCCACAGCCAUCUACUUCCACUGCGACCGCACCACUCAGCGGCCCAUGUUCCUCAGGGAGACGACCGACUGCUCCUACCUGUUCGAGUGGCGCACGCAGUACGCCUGCCCGCCCUUCGACCUCACCCAGUGCUCCUUCAAGGACAAGGACGGCAGCACCUACGACCUCUCGUCCCUAUCCAAGUACAGCGACAACUGGGAGGCCGUGACGGGGACGGGCUCCACCGAGCACUACCUCAUCAACGUCUGCAAGUCCCUGUCUCCACAGGCCGGCUCUGAGCCCUGCCCACCUGAAGCCGCCGCCUGCCUCAUCAGCGACUCGCGGCCCGUGAACCUGGGCCGGGUGCGGGACGGGCCACAGUGGGACAAUGGCGCCACGAUCAUCAAGUACGUGGACGGCGACCUGUGUCCAGACAAGAUCCGGAAGAAGUCCACCAUCAUCCGCUUCACUUGCACCAAUGGCCCCGUGAGCUCCAGGCCCCUGUUCAUCAGCGCCGUGGAGGACUGCGAGUACACCUUCUCCUGGCCCACGCCCGUCGCCUGCCCCGUCAGGAGCAACGUGCACGACAACUGCCAGGUCUCCAACCCCAUCACAGGACAUCUAUUUGACCUGACCUCCCUCAGCGGGAAAGCGGGCCACACGGCUGCCUACAGCGAGAAGGGGCUCGUGUAUCUCAGCAUCUGUGGGGAGAACGAGAACUGCGCCCCCGGCGUGGGCGCCUGCUUUGGGCAGACCCGGAUCAGCGUGGGCAAGGCCAACCAGCGGCUGACCUACUCAGACCAGGUGCUGCAGUUGACGUACGAGGGCGGCUCCCCGUGCCCGUCCAAGACAGGCCAGACCUACAAGAGCAUCAUCAGCUUCGUGUGCCGGCCCGAGGCGGGGCCCACCAACCGGCCCAUGCUCAUCUCGCUGGACAAGCAGACGUGCACGCUCUUCUUCUCUUGGCAUACGCCCCUGGCCUGCGAGCAGGUGACCGAGUGUUUCGUGCGGAACGGCAGCUCCAUCAUCGACCUGACCCCCCUCAUCCACCGCACCGGGGGCUACGAGGCGUACGAUGAAAGCGAGGAUGAGGAGCACUCCGAGGGGUACCCCGACUUCUACAUCAACAUCUGCCAGCCGCUCAAUCCCAUGCACCGCGUGGCGUGUCCCGCCGGCUCCGCCAUCUGCAAAGUGCCCGUGGACGGUGACCCCAUCGAUAUCGGCCGUGUCACAGGCCCCCCAAUCCUCAACCCCAUAGCCAACGAGGUCUACCUGAACUUCGAGAGCAGCACGCCCUGUGCCGCGGACCCCUCCUCCAACUACACCUCCCUCAUCGCCUUCCACUGUAAGCGGGGUGUGAGCAUGGGCACCCCAAAGCUGCUGAGAAACAGCGACUGCGACUUCGUGUUCCAGUGGGACACGCCGCUGGUAUGCCCCGACGAGGUGAGGACAGAUGGCUGUGCCCUGACGGACGAGCAGCUCUUCUACAGCUUCAACCUGAGCAGCCUGUCCAAGAACAUCUUCAAGGUGACGCGGGACUCGCGCACGUACAGCGUGGGGGUGUGCACGGCAGCGGCUGGCCCCGAGCAGGGGGGCUGCAAGGAUGGCGGUGUGUGCCUGCUCUCGGGGAACAAGGGCGCGUCCUUCGGGCGCCUGGCGUCCAUGCGGCUGGACUACCGGCACCAGGACGAGGCGGUCAUUCUGAGCUACGUCAACGGGGACACCUGCCCCCCAGAGACGGAAGACGGGGAGCCGUGUGUGUUCCCCUUCAUCUUCAACGGGAAGAGCUACGACCAGUGCGUGGUGGAGGGCCGGGCCAAGCUCUGGUGCGCCACCACCGCCAACUACGACCGCGACCGCGAAUGGGGCUUCUGCAGACACCUCACCAGCCACCGCACGUCGGCCAUCAUCUUCAAGUGCGACGAGGACGAGGACAUCGGGCGGCCGCAGGUAAUGAGCGAGACGCGUGGCUGCGAGGUGACGUUCGAGUGGAAGACCAAGGUGGUGUGCCCGCCGCGCAAGAUGGAGUGCCAGUUCGCGCUGCAGCACCACACCUACGACCUGCGCCCGCUGUCCUCGCUCACCGGCUCCUGGCUCUUCAACUACGAGGGCACCGCAUACUACGUCAACCUGUGCCGCGAGGUGUUCCGGGGCCCCCCGGGCUGCUCGGAGCGGGCCAGUGUGUGCAGGAAGACCCCCGUGGGGCGCGUAGAGGUCCUGGGGCUCAUUCACACCCAGAGGCUGGACGUCGUGGACGACAAGAUCAUGGUGACUUACUCGCGGGGUCACCCGUGUGGUGAGAACAGGACGGCGUCCACCGUCAUCGAGCUGGCCUGUGCGGGCACAGUGGGCAAGCCGGCCUUUAAGAGGUUCGACGCGGAUAACUGCACCUACCACUUCAGUUGGGACUCGCGUGCGGCCUGCGCCGUGAAGCCGCGGGAGGUGACCAUGACCAAUGGGACCCUGACCCACCCGAGCACUGGCAAGACUGUCAGCCUUGAGGACAUCUACUUCAAGCCCUUCAGUGCCUCUGGCGACAUCCGGCCCAACGGGGACAAGUACCUGUACGAGAUCCAGCUGUCCACCAUCCAGAACUCCUCCAGCCCUGACUGUGUGGGGGCCAGCGUGUGCCAGUUGAAGCUGGGCGAGAAGCGCUUCAGCCGCAAAGUGGGGCUGCCCGCCAACACCAAGUACUACCUCCAAGAUGGCGAUCUCGAUGCUGUGUUUACCUCCAACUCCAAGUGCGGCAAAGACCGGAGCAAGUCUGUCUCCUCCACCAUCUUCUUCCACUGUGACCCCCUGGUGAAGGAGGGGACCCCCGAGUUCAGCCACGAGACUGCCGAUUGCCAGUACCUCUUCUCCUGGUACACCUCUGCCGUGUGCCCCCUAGGGGGCGCCAUCGACGGCAGCGCGGCAGGGGAGGAGCCGCAGCGCCGGGGGCUGUCGGAGCGCAGCCAGGCCGUGGGCGCCGUGCUCAGCCUGCUGCUCGUGGCGCUCACCGCCUGCCUGCUGGGCCUGCUGCUCUACAAGAAGGAGCGCCGGGAAACGGUGAUCAGCAAGCUGGCGGCCUGCUGCCGGAGAAGCACAAACGUGUCCUACAAAUACUCCAAGGUAAAGCUCGGCGCCGACGCCUCGGGGUGGCCGCCUCCCGUCCCCCAGGUGAACAAGGAGGAGGAGGCCGACGAGAACGAGACCGAAUGGCUGAUGGAAGAGAUCCAGGUGACCACCCCCCAGCCCGCCCGCGACGCCCCGGAGAAUGGCCACAUCACCGCCAAGCCCGUGACGGCCGCGGCGCUCUCCUCCCUGCGCGGGGACGACCAGGACAGCGAGGACGAGGUGCUGACCAUCCCUGAGGUGAAGGUGCAUGCGGUGGUCCGCGGGCCCGCGGCCGGCGCCGAGGCCAUGCCACCCCGCCCGGUGCCGGCGUCCGACCGCCUGGGCCUGGUGCAGGGCGAGCGGGUGCGCCGGGCCCGGCCCCGCAGCGCCCACCCGGCCGCCGCCUUCCACGACGACAGCGACGAAGAUCUCCUGCACAUCUAAGCCCCGCGCCUCCGCCCGGCCGGCCGGCCUCGCCACCCCGCGCCAGGCACCUCCAACCAAAUAAGACUUUCACCGCGACGCCCAUCAGUUUUUUGCCUUUAACAGAAACCGUCUCCAAAGGGAAGAGCUUUCGUGCGGGGAGGGGACAGGGGGAGGCCAAUGCCGCUCGGGUGCGCCCCGAGCGUGACCAUCAGGUGAGGCAUCGCCCCCGGCUGGGGGCUGCCCUCAGAGCCAAGGCCCUUCGACGGCCUCUUGCUUGGCGGCCUCUGACCUCGAAAGUGGCCGCGUUUCCCGCCCUCCCGCCAACCGACGUUGUCAAUUACUCAGGUCUGCAGAAAAGGAAACGCACAUGCACACAAACGACGCGUGCACACACACCUACACACACGUGCACACACACACACCCAGACAUACACACACCCAGACAUACACCCAGACAUACACGACGUGCACGCGCGCACACACACACACACACAGACAGACGCACGCACAGACACACCAGGCUCUGCCUACAGCAGCAGGGGGAGGUACCGUUCGUCCACGGGCAGGAGAGGGAGCUGGGGUUGCCAGGAUGGAUUCCGACGAGCAUAUGAAGUUCGGACCUGGUCAAUAAUGUAGCCUCUAAGUUAGAAUACUCGGUUCUGUCUCUUUUUUUUUUUCCUCUUUCGCUUUCUUUCGCAGGGAGCGCGCGGCCUGCCGCACCUGGUCCCGCCCAUGGCUCAGGCCCCGCGGGGGGGCGUGGGGGGGCCAGGGCUCACCUGCUCCUUGCCUUUAGUGAGUUAACGGCUGCGCCUUUUGCAUGACCUCUUCCGACCCUACGUGCCCAGAGCACAUGUAUCAGUAUUUCCUCACCAGGCGGUGAACUCAUACGAUCCACCCAAAGAUUGAGUCUUUUUUUUUUUUGAUUGUUAUUGUUCCUCUUUUAUCGUUUUUUGAAUUUUUUUUAAUCUGUGUGUAUCAGAGAACGGAGGUGAGUCCCGUCCUGGCGGCGCCUACGCCGGCCCUGGAACCAGGUGCUCUCUCUCAUGCUUCUCGCCAUACCAACUUUUACUGUGUUUAUCAACCGCGUGACCUAUAAGAAGCCUUAAUUUGCACAGCGCGCGCGUACAGGCGCUGUGGCCGCAGGUGGGCCACCCGCGCCCCGGACUCGGUCCCCACGCCCUAUGGGGGGGGCAGGGGGCGGGCCGGGCACAGCCGUGCAGGGAGGUGGGACCGAGGUCCUGCCCACCCGGCGGCGGUGGUUCCUUCUCGCAUUAUAGACUUGUACAUAGACCUGAGUCGCGACCCUCCUACAGAUACCCGGGUUCGCGCUCGGUUCAGCAUACUCGAUUUUCAACAUGAGUGUAUUUUUAAAAAUUGAUUUCUUUCCUCAUUUUUUUUCCAAUCAAAUUUACUGUAUUAUGAAGUAUUCAACAAUUUCAAUAAAAAAUAAAUAAAUUAU